UGAGGAAGGUGGUUUGGACAUGGUGAAGGGCUCAUGGUAAAUAAAACAAACGCGCCGCCGUGAUUGCUCAGGGAUGGCGGACUGUCUCGAGGACGCGCUGCCCGCGGAAGACGUGGAAUUUCAGAAGGUUAUCGCUCAGAUUGGAGGCAAAGAGAAGGUGUAUUUGGUCAGUGAUGCCUGCGAAGGUAAAGACGAGGACGGAGAUGACUCCACAAUAUUGCAGGAAUUCCUACGUGACAUGUUCCACGACAGCAGCUUCGGGGAUUGUUUACAGACCCGCGUUUCUCCGCCAAGCAGUGGCGGAAAUACUGCACAGUCCCGCAGCGAGUCUGUCAGCAACGACAUCUCUCUCUCCGAGAAGACCGGGGAUUUGGCCGUGAGGGGCAGCGGUCCGGCUGCGGGGGGCGGCGAGGAGAAGCGCACAACGCCGAACGGGAAUCCCCAGAGGACCGCGACCAGGCGCUUCAAUGUUUACAGCCAGAAGAGAGCCAUCAACUGCCCGGUCAUCGUCUUCAUCUUCAGACAGACUUUUCUCACUCAGGGUCCCAACGAGGUCUGCCUGAAAGAGAUCCUUAAGGACGUGCGGGCGCGCACCAAACGUGCCACGACGGCUCGACCGGCUCUAAUUGGAUUAAUACGCACUAAACUGGAGAGCGCCGAGACGCACGAGUGUGCCCAACUCCUGGAGAGUCUGAUGCGCUCUGUGUUCCACAAGCAUCCACCAGAAACGAUAUGGGUCGGCUGUUUCAUCCCCAUGGCAGAUGCCACAGUGCUCAGCAUCAAGAAAAACGCCUGCAAAGUUAUUUGCUCAUCGCAAGCAGCAGAUGAUACCAGGGACAGAACCAACGCGUUUUUGUGGCCAUUCCAAUGUUGGUUCAAGUCUCAGAGAAGAGGAGCUGGAGACCAGGCCAACAACUCUUCAAGCAAUAAAGGUGACAGUAUAGAAGAAGGCAUCCCUUUAAAAACCAGUGCCUUAACUGCAGAGCCUCUUGUGAAUGGACAACAAGCAGAAACCACCUGAUGUUGAGACACACGCAGGCCUGCAACGGUGGACCAUCACGUUUUUACUCUGAAAAGAUUAUAGGAGCUGCUCGGCCUUACCAAAUGCUAAAAGUUUGUAAACGUAGUUUCUUCUGCUGAACUAAUAUCUUGAGAAAUAGUCAAACCUGCUGCGAUGUUGCUCAUAUACUGUCCUUAACAAUGAAGGUUAGAAAUGAAGGGAUUUUAAUUGUGCUGUAGACUGAUACUGGGUUUUAUACUGCUGCUUUUUAAAGAGACACUGAUAGAAACUUGAAUUUUUCAACUUGUUAAAAUUGCAUUGUGAUGACUGCAGGGUAGUGAUUCGUGGCUCGGCUCGAGUAGUUCUUUCACAUGAAGUAUUGUAAUCUACGGGACUGGAUUACCAAGACAAAUAAAUGACCACGACUCGAAUAAUCCCUCGGUCACUCUGUACCAGUUGUUUUGUGCUAAUUGGAUACAAGGUUUAUCUAAGAUUAAACACGUCUAAAGCACAAUAUCUUCUGACAUAUAAAGGGUCUGAGUUUGGGCCAAGCUUUAUUACUACACUCGAUAGUAAAAAAAAAAAAAAAAAGGGAUUUUGUGUAAUGCUGAAAUCAUUUGAAGCCACACAUAAAGUCAGUUUUCAGAUUUGGUGUGUUUUGUAUUUCUUGCUGUUUUGUUGAAAUGUCACUCAGAUGAAAUUUGGCCAGAUGGUAUAAUUUACUUGCAAAAAUGUAUAUACUGCACCUCAAACAGGAAAGGCAAUAGAAAAAUUUAGUUUCAAACAAUAGUCUUUUUUUUUUGUUCUAUUUUAAUUCUCACUUAUUUUGGGAUUGUGUACUGUUGACACAUAUCUGUUUAUAUUA